GCUGGCUUGAAAGAAGCGAUCGAGGUGGAGGCAGCCAGUCAUCCUCCUCCGACGGAAAAAACAAGCGAGGACAGGUCGGGCGCUGCAUGCCCGGUCCGUGUUUUAAAAGAAGUGGGGGAAGAAAAAAAAAAUCUGUGAAAGUCGAGGAUAUGCGGAUGUGAGUGGGAUUUUCUGUCACUUUCCGGCGGGCUCAGUUACUUAUUGUGUGGCCGUGGGGCUGCGGCGUGUUGAGCGUGUCGCUGUUUGCCCAUUUCUCAUUGGACUGAACACUAAGGAGGACUCCAUGAAAGAUGACAGAGGAGGUGAUUGUUGUAGCCAAGUGGGACUACAUGGCCCAGCAGGACCAGGAACUUGACAUCCGUAAAAAUGAGCGCCUCUACCUCCUCGACGACUCCAAGACGUGGUGGCGCGUCCGCAACGCCUCCAACCAGACGGGAUACGUGCCGUCGAACUACGUGGAGCGCAAGAACAGCCUGAAGAAAGGCUCGCUGGUGAAGAACAUCAAAGACACGCUGGGUUUGGGAAAGGGCAAGAGGAAGACGAGCGCCCGCGAUCCCUCCCCUACGCCGAGCUCGGACGCGGAGUACCCUUCCAAUGGCAGCGGGGGAGGCGGCGUGGUAGGAGCCGCGGAGAGGAUCUACGACCUCAACAUCCCCGCUGUGGUCAAGUUCGCGUACACGGCGGAGAGAAAGGACGAGCUGACUCUGCUCAAAGGCACCAGGGUGAUGGUCAUGGAGAAGUGCAGCGACGGCUGGUGGCGCGGCAGCCAGGCCGGCCACGUCGGCUGGUUCCCCUCCAAUUACGUCCAGGAGGAGCACGCCGACGAGAGAGAGGGAGACCCCCCGCGGGGUUACCUGGGAGGACCCCCGGGGACUCUGCUGGCCAACGGCCGGGCCGGCGGCCAGGGCGUCGUCCUCCACCUGGUUCAGACGCUCUACCCCUUCAGCUCCGUGACGGAGGAGGAGCUAAACUUUGAAAAGGGAGAAAUCAUGGAGGUGAUCGAGAAGCCGGAGAACGACCCAGAGUGGUGGAGGUGUAAGAACUCUCGCGGCAUCGUGGGCCUGGUGCCUAAGAACUAUGUGAUGGUGCUGGACGAGCGGCCGGGCCUGCUGCCCCCCGCCACGUCGGGCUCCCCGCAGAACCGCUUCGUGGCGGCGGCGCGCUCGGGGAGGUUCGCCGGCAGGGACUGGUACUACGGCGACAUCACCAGGAACCAGGCCGAGAGCAUACUCAACGAGCGAGGAGAGGAGGGCGACUUCCUCAUACGAGACAGCGAGUCAUCGCCCAGUGAUUUCUCCGUGUCUCUGAAGGCGGCGGGGAAAAACAAGCACUUUAAAGUGCAGCUGUCAGACGGGGCGUACUGCAUCGGCCAGCGCAGGUUCAGCUCCAUGGACGAACUGGUGGAGCAUUACAAGAAGGCCCCCAUCUUCACCAGCGACCACGGAGAGAAGCUGUACCUGGUGAAGGCGCUGCUGUGACCGACACGUCUACACUGGAUCCUCCCACACACACUUUCCACACACCCAUGGUCCCUAACUUGUCUUAACCCAAGCCUUAGCUCUGGACCCUCCCUCCGUGGCGUCUGUCCCACAUCCACAUCCUCAGGUCUCAUGGAUUUUCCAGUCGAAAACCGGACGAGCCUUUUUUUUUUUUUUUUUUUUUUCUAGCUCUUCGCCGUUGUUUUUGCAGCCGUCGCCGAGCCACUUAGAGAACACAGUGUGUACCGAGCCUCUAUUAUCUUGGAUGUGCUAACAUGCAGUGACCACAUUUGCUGCUAACAGAACGCCUUAGACCUUGCCGGCGGUGGUGGUGGUGGGGCGGGGGGGUUGAGCUCUCCCUCUGAUGUCAUACGUAAUGUCUACUUACUAGCACGCACAUCGUAAGUUACACCAUUGCUCUUAAUUCACCCAGGAGAACAGACGUUUACCAGUUGAAAGAGGGACGCAGACCUCAGUGGGACCUAACUCUGUCACGUCUAAUUGCAGGUCGUGUUUUAUUUCAGUUUUUUUUUUUUUUUUUUUUAAAGAACCGCUUGUUAGCAAGUUCACUUUUUUUUUUUAAAAGGUUAUUUAAAAUCUUCGUUGAAGUUUUGUUUAGUUACUUUUUCACAAAGUGACCAUAAUCACUCUCUUGCCUUUUUUUUUUUUCCUUCUUCUUCUUCUUCUGAUUCCUCCACCCAUUCGUCGCUUUAUUCCACCCUUUUUCUGUUUCUGCCGAGCGAUAUCGUUGCUAGUGAGACCUUUAAAUGUGGACGACAACACUCACUGUAGUUUUUCUACCAGGCGGUGCAAUAGAGGAAACCUCAAGAGUUUCCCGUAGAGUUUGAAUGUUGAUGCGUGCAGCCAAAACGUGCCGGCCCGUUCCUACCGGCACCAGGACCGCACUGCACUCUGACUAACCCGCAGCUCAGUGCUCACGCUUUAUGUUGUGUCCCAUUUGAAACGUGUUGCUGUUCUGUUCUCCACUACGUGUCUGUAGCUACAUGAGGAAGAACAAUAAAAACAUAAUUUUUGUUU